UGUGAGUUGCGUUCAAACUUCUCUGGUCUGUUUACAUCGUAAUGUUUACAAGUUUUCGAUGUUGUCAGGAAGAAAGGACGACAGGAGAAUAUAGGGUAGAAAAUGUACUGUUAAAUGGUUUCUGAUGUCAUUGUUUCCAGCCUACGCUGCAGACGCGACAGCGUCUGUCGAGCAACAUGAUGCAGACAAUGUCCCUAAAGUGAGAGAAACUGGUGAAUUGCCAUGGCUGCAUGACAUAAAGGUUCCAGAAAUUCCUUUGCCUCAGCAGGAUAAAGAUUGUCGAGUUUCAUCAGAAACACAGUGUGAGACCAGGACAAAAGCCUUUGAAGACUGUAUUACUAAUUCUGCCAUAACUACAGAUAUACAGUACGAGAAGAAAGAAAAGAAGUAUGAAAGGGAAACACAUUCUGAUAGCGUUACUUCAAAAAAGAAGGGGAAGAGGAAAUCUGGAAGUGAUUCUGAUACUAGUAAUGAAGCUUAUACACAUCACAGGAAAAAAAGGAGACACAAGGAGCAUCACACAGAAAAAAAUUAUUUUCGAAAAAAGAAGAAGAAAAAGUUGAAACGAAGAAGCAGAGAUGAGAGUCCAGUAUGUGCGAUUCCCAGCCAAGAAAAAACUGAAGAUUUUUAUGAGGAUAAAUGUCCAAACAAGGGAUUCUUAAAAGUUGAUACACUUUACAAACCAGCAGUCCCAGUUUAUAAGUGCAACCACCAUAAAGCACUGGGAAAACUACCAUCCCGUAAAGCAAAAAAGAGAAAUUAUCGCUAUUAUCUUUACUGUCUUGAUGAAGAGAAUUCCCAAGCAGAAAAUUGGAAGGGGGUAUCAUCAUGUGAGAAACAAGAGAGUGAAAUCAUGAGCAAAACAGAGGAAUACAAUGUUGCUUUAACGAAGAAUCCAAAUGAUGUUGACAUGUGGAUUCAGUAUGUCAAUUACCAGGAAGUUGUACAUCAGUUUGAACGUGCAUAUCGUGGAGUACAUGGAAAGGGCACAAUGGCAGAACGGCAGUUAUCAAUCAUUGAUCGUGCCCUAGCCCUUAACCCAGGGAACAAACAGCUUGUACGAAAACGAGUUACAAUUGCGGAGUCUUCAUUGUCAGCUGAUGUAGCUUCUCGGCAGAUUGAAGCUCUUCUAAGCACACAGCCUACCAGCAUUGAACUCUGGAGAGGGUUUGUACGUACAACACAGUGGAGCAUGGCAUUAUGUUCUGCUCCAGGUGUGCUGAAUCUGUACAUCAAAGCAACACAGCAGCUCCACCAGAGUAGACGUGGUGCUCCAGCAUCUCAAACACCACCAGCUGAAAGGGCCAUCAUUGAUUUGGUACUGGAUUGUGGAUUGUUCUUGAGGCAAGCAGGCCUGUGGGAACAUGUGUGGCUACUUGUACAAGCUUAUCUUACAUUGAACUUGAUAACACCCACAACAAAAUAUUUUGAGCUCAAGUCGGAUGUUUCUGAGGAUGAUGUAAUGACAGAAGAAAUGAAAGUUAUGAGAUCGCAGUUGCCAUUGAUGACUUUAUGGGCACGCGUUGAACGAAUCCGUGAAGAUGCUCAUUGGCUGCCUGUAUCUGACAGUGAGGAGUCUGAGGAUCCUCAGCGGCAUGUAACUGGGGAAGACAUUGCAGGAAUGGUCCAUCCCAUUACUGAACCUAUGCUGAAUUUCAGGCUCAUCGCUGUGUGCAUCUCACUUCUCAAGGUUCCUUUGCUACCUUGCCGUGAUUGCUGGGUGCGUUUGCUCGGUAUAGAUCAAGUGCCUUGGGCUGUGGAUGGCCCAGAGUGGUUUCUGCCAGUGUUGCAGCCACCUAGCCCACUGUGGAAACCACCUCCAGCCAAAAUACUUCAGAGUGUGUUGGAACUGGUGGGUGGGCCACAGUACUUGCUCACAACGCUUGGGCAACCUGUGUACUUAAAUAGUGUUUGCAGAAUCUUGCGGCUAGUUUCAGACAUUUUACCAGAACCAGCAGCUACAGCAUUUCUUGUAUGGUGGCUGAGAUUUGAGCGUCUAAUGGUGUCUUUGGAGCAGUCAGGGAUUUGCAAACUGCCAUCCAAUCAUCGUAAAUUACGGUCUUCAGUCAAAGAUAUCCUCAAACAAGAGCGAUAUCGGAAUAACCUCUCACUAUAUCGUGAAUUUGCCCUUCUUGAACUGGAUUUGGGCCACAAUGAUUCAGCCCAACGAAUCCUUUCAAAUGCUACUGAGGCUGCCUUCCCUGGCAUGCCAGUUGCUGGGGUACCAGGAAGCACCGAACGAGCAGCACUGAUUGCCCUCUACAGGUCUCUUUGUGAAGUACAUUUGGCUCGUGGAGACAAAGCAGGAGCUCUGGAAACUGUCCUGACACUUGCAUCAAACCGCAGUGCCAACUUGCAACUAUCAAUUACAGAAACUGCUUCCAAGUUCGUCCAUAUUGGUGCUGAGUUGCUGAAUGAUUCUCCAUCUGGGGAUACAGACGGGAGUGAAAUAUUGUUGCCUGAUGCUGCUGUAGACUGGGUAACGUGCCAUGCUUGGAUGGUAUACCUCACAGAGUCACCAUUGGCAGCAACCGCUCUCUUUGAAAAACUGAUUCCAAAAUUUGAAGGCUCCGGAGACCUUGUAACAAAGGAGAGAUGUCGUGCAGAGGCUCUCUGGGAGAGCUAUAUCUGUAUGCUACAGUGGCAUUGCAGAAACACAACUUUUACUUUUUCUGUACUUCAAGAUGCUAUUAUUAGAGCCCUCGAGGUUUUCCCCAACAAUUUGCAUUUCUUGGCAAGUCUUGCUGAAUUGCAGAAUAUUGCAAGUACUGUGAGUGUAUCAUGGUGUCAUCUGACCAACUCAUUCGCCAGCUCUGAAUCUGUGCUCCCACAAGCAUUUCUCAUUCUUGAUCUGCUGCACAGGCAUAAUAAAGUUAAAGAAGCAAAUAUACAAGCAUUUCAAUUUCUGAGCGUUGGUGGACCUGUGGUAACUGAUCCCUGUGAGCAAAAUAGAUGUCUUGCAUUACUGGAACGCCUUCUGGUGGACCAAACGACAAAGCAUUGCCCUUUAUUAUGGCGCCUUAAAUUGAAGAUACAUCCAUCAGAAGAGACAUUUUAUAGGGCAGUUGAUGAGUGCCCAUGGGUUCGGGACAUUUAUCUGGAUGGAACAUUAAGUGUUCCAGAGAAAGCAGAUAAACUUCAGACUCUAAUGAUGGAAAAAGAGUUGCGGUAUCAUGUUUUACCUGAUGAACUUGAAGUUAUUCGGUCUGGAUUUGAAGCACUUGCUGGUCUAGUAAAACAUGAAGUAACUCACUAGUCCAGCUGAUCAAGAAUCAAGAGUACUCAUGAAACUAUCAAUAGACAAUUGAUAUUUGUACAAAUGUCUUUUUUUUUGUAAAGUUUCCUAUUAUUGAGCUGCUCACAUUCCUAAAAUAAAAUGUAAUUACAUCCAGCAAUUAUUUAUUAAGUCAUGUUAAUGUAAGAGUAAACAUCAUAUGUAAAUAAAUUGUUGUUCAAAGAAAAUAAAAUGGCUGGAAAUGACACUGUAAAUAAAAAGUUGUACAGAUACUUUAAAUGCCACGACAGCUGAAUGCUACUACGUUUUUGUGAAGACAGUGGCUUGAAAUUGUUGGUCCAACUGCUCAAUCAUCUUCAUGUUAUGCAAUUGGUGUUUCAAUGUGUGUCGCCAGCUACUACCACACUGUACAAAAGGUCUUCUAUUGCUCUAGAAUUAUUUGUACAGGUUCUAAUUUAGUAUUGUUCAGCAAAAUCCAUUUACACAAAUAUAUGCACUCAUCUCUUUUUCUGAA